CAAAGGGCAUACUCCUUUCACACUGAUUGUUAAAACAUCCAUCACUCUCUUUCUCUCUCUCUCACACACACACACACACACACACUUUCUUGGACAGUAACAAUGGCGAGCUCGAAAAAUGGCGUUCAUAUCUUAGUGUUUCCAUAUCCAGCACAAGGCCACAUGCUCUCACUUCUUCAUUUGACUCACCAACUAUCCAUUCGUGGCGUAGCCAUAACCAUUUUGGUUACUCCUAAAAACAUUUCAAUUCUUACCCAACUUCUCUCUGCCAAUCCUGCAAUCCAAACCCUAGUUUUACCUUUCCCAGAACACCCCAAGAUCCCCACAGGUGUAGAAAAUGUUAAGGACAUUGGAAAUCAUGGAAAUGGUCCUAUAAUCCUUGCACUAAGUAAAUUGGAGGGGCAAAUAAUAAAGUGGUUUACAUCUCAUAGUAAUCCUCCUGUUGCAAUCCUCUCUGAUUUCUUUCUUGGUUGGACUCAUCGUCUGGCCGAGAAAAUUGGAAUUCCCAGAAUCGCUUUUUACUCUUCUGGGGCAUUUCUUACUGCUUGUUUUGACAGUCUCUGGAGAAAUCCCGAGGCUGUAAAUCCAAGGAGUGAAAUCAAAUUUGAAGAUUUACCAAAUGCUCCGAGCUUUCCAUGGGACCAGGUUCCUUCAUUGUUCCGGCGGUAUAAAGAAGCAGAAUCAGAUCCCGAUUUGGAGCUGCUGAAAAACAGCAUGGCUGCAAAUGGUUUGAGUUGGGGGUAUAUUUUCAACACUUUUUAUGAAUUGGAGAAUGAGUACUUGGAAUUUCUGAGUAAAAAAAUUGGGUAUCAGCGAAUUUAUAGUAUUGGGCCACUGAAUUUACUUCAUGGACCUGAACAGAUGAAUGUAAAAUCUGAUUCCAAUAAUGGCGAGGUUUUCUCAUGGCUUGAUGGGUGUCCUGACGGGUCAGUUCUGUAUGUUUGUUUUGGGAGUCAAAAGGUUCUCAAGAAAGUGCAAAUGGAGGCUUUGGCAAAUGGGCUCGAACGGAGUGGAGUCCGGUUCAUUUUGGUGGCAAAGCCGUUGACAGCGGAGCAAGUGGCAGAGGGUUUUGGAUCUGUCCCUGAGGGGUUCGAACAGAGGGUUGUGGGCAGAGGGUUUAUUAUAAGGGGGUGGGCACCGCAGGUCCAUAUACUGAGUCACCGAGCGGUGGGUGGGUUUCUGAGUCAUUGCGGAUGGAAUUCAGUGCUGGAGGCUAUAGCAGCUGGCGUGAUGAUAUUGGGGUGGCCGAUGGAGGCGGACCAAUUUGUGGACGCGAAGCUUAUGGUGGACUACUUGGGAGCGGCGGUCCGAGUUUGCGAGGGCGGAGACACCGUUCCCGACUCAGAUGAGUUGACUCAGAAGAUUACCGAGUCAAUGAGUAGGGAUAGAACUCAUAGAGUUAAAGCCAUGGAUUUGAGAGACAAGGCCAUGGAAGCAGUGAAGGUUGGAGGGCGUUCUAACAAAGAUAUGGAUAGGCUUGUUAAAGAACUAGACCAACUGUUGUAUCUUACACGCCCAAAUAAAAAUGUAUGAACUGUACUAAUAAAAUCUUGUUAAAUUAUAAUGCAUAGAGCAUGUUUGGCAAGAAAAUAUAGCUUUCUUAUAAGUUGAAUUCCCACAAAUUGGGUGACCAAAAUCCAUAAGCCUAACUUAUAUGCCA